CCGCGAGUCCGCAACUCCGUAUAAGCCGCGACUGAUUAUUAUCAAACGUAAUCAUACGCAAACUCGAGUAUUGCCAAACACGUGCGAGGCGAGCCAGCGAGCGGGCGCUCGAUUUCCUCGGCUGCAUAUAAAAUGCUUAAUCGGUGAAAAGCCACCGACGCGGGAAGCACAUAACUAUAUAUAGUUUUCACGCUCACUCGGCCGAUCGUUCUCUUCUUCUAUACAGUAUCUCUCGGUGCAACUCGAAGUCAGUUGCUUCAGUUGCUUUUUGCAAGAGGUUCGUCGUCAAUUUUGGAUAGUCGGUGCCGUUGAUCUGUUUUUCGCCAGUGUCGUUCCGGAGCACAGUUGUACUUGGUGACAGAUUUUCAUUUUUGUAAAAUCAUAAAAUUGGAGUCGAUCGAUCGUACGAAAUUCCUGAGACGAUUUCUUACCGAUCCUGCGACCGCGGGUCAAACAAAAAUUAGAUUGCUCAAACUGAACAGGAUUUUUUUAACAAAGUCAUGGCAGCUGCUGGCUCGCUGAUCGUGUCUAAGGACAUUCCAGACAUCGAAAACUUGCUCGGCUUGAACCCGAGAUCGAAGCCUUACGCAAAUCUCCGACCGUCAUUGGAAACGAAGCAAAAUAAGCAGCACUGGAAAAGAAACAUUCACUCAAAAUGCGACAGCUGCACACCCUUGACAAAGAACUUCGACGACAUAAAGCACACGACGCUGAGCGAGCGCGGGGCUCUCUAUGAAGCGUCGCGAUGUCUCAAGUGCGCGGACGCGCCCUGUCAAAAGUCCUGCCCGACCCAGUUGGACGUAAAAUCGUUCAUCACCUCGAUAUCGAACAAGAAUUACUACGGCGCAGCCAAGGCCAUCCUGUCGGACAAUCCGCUCGGCCUCACCUGCGGCAUGGUCUGUCCCACCAGUGAUCUCUGCGUCGGUGGCUGCAAUCUCUUCGCCACCGAGGAAGGACCCAUCAAUAUCGGUGGCCUCCAGCACUUUGCUACCGAUAUAUUUAAGCAGAUGAACGUGCCGCAAACGAGAAUCCCUGGGCAGUCGGUGCCGCACUCCGCCACGAAGAUCGCCAUGAUCGGCUGUGGGCCGGCAUCACUGUCGUGCGCCACCUUUUUAGCUCGACUAGGCUACGACGACAUCACCAUAUUCGAGAAGGACAAGUUCUACGGGGGCCUCAGCGCCUCGGAAAUCCCGCAGUACCGCCUUCCGUACGAUGCGGUCUCUUUCGAGGUCGAUCUCGUCAAGGAUCUUGGUGUAAAAAUCGAAAUCGGCAGAGAACUGUCGAGUCGCGAUCUCACGAUCGAGAAACUAAAAGACGCCGGCUACGAGGUGAUAUUCCUCGGGUUCGGGUUGCCCGAGCCAAAGUCCGUGCCGAUCUUCGAGGGCCUCAGCCGGGAGAUGGGCUUUUACACGUCCAAGAACUUCCUACCAGCCGUGUCGAUGGGCAGCAAACCAGGCAUGUGUCCCUGCAAGUCGACCACGGGGCUUCUGCCCAACCUCCACGGGAACGUCGUCGUGCUCGGUGCUGGGGACACCGCCUUCGACUGCGCCACCUCGGCCCUGAGGUGCGGGGCGAAGAAGGUCUUUGUCGUCUUUCGACGGGGCUUCACCAACAUCCGCGCCGUUCCCGAAGAGAUGGAGCUGGCCAGAGACGAAAAAUGCGAAUUCAUACCCUUCGCAUCGCCGAGGAAGGUGAUCGUCAAGGGCUCCAGAAUCACGGCCAUCGAGUUUUACAGAACCGAGCAGGAUGAGAACGGAGAGUGGAAAGAGGACGAAGACCAGCUGGUCAGGUUGAAAGCCAACUUUGUCAUCUCGGCUUUUGGCUCUGGCCUCUACGACACUUCUGUUAAAAGCGCCUUGGAACCGGUAAAACUCAAUAGAUGGGGCACACCAGAGGUUGACGGGAGCACGAUGAAAACCUCGGUGCCGGGUGUUUUUUGCGGGGGCGAUUUGGCGGGGGUCUCUCAGACUACCGUCGAGUCGGUCAACGACGGAAAAACCGCGUCCUGGUACAUUCACAAGUACAUCAAGGAGAAGCACGGUCUCGUGGUGCCGGAGGUGCCGCAGCUACCGCAGUUCCACACGGCGAUCGAUGACGUCGACCUCAGUGUCGAACUGUGCGGCAUCAGGUUCGAAAACCCGUUCGGGCUAGCCUCGGCGCCGCCAGCGACGACUUGUGCCAUGAUCCGCAGGUCGUUCGAGGUUGGCUGGGGGUUCGCCGUCACCAAGACGUUUGGACUGGACAAGGAUCUGGUGACGAACGUGUCGCCUCGGAUAGUCAAAGGGACCACGGAUGGCCACCACUAUGGGCCCGAGCAGAGCAGCUUCCUAAACAUCGAGUUGAUUUCCGAAAAAACGGCCGCUUAUUGGUGUCAGGGCAUCACGGAGCUAAAGAAAGAUUUCCCAACGAAGAUAAUGAUUGCCAGUAUCAUGUGCACGUACAACAAAGCGGACUGGACGGAGUUGGCACAAAUGGCGGAAGCUUCGGGAGCCGACGCGCUCGAGCUCAAUCUGUCCUGUCCUCACGGCAUGGGAGAAAAGGGAAUGGGCCUGGCAUGCGGUCAGGACCCGGAAUUAGUGAGGAACAUCGCGAGAUGGGUGCGCGCUGCCAUAAAAAUACCUUUCUUCGUCAAGCUGACUCCCAAUAUCACGGACAUUGUUUCCAUUGCCAAGGCGGCGUACGAAGGUCAAGCUGACGGCGUCUCGGCCAUAAACACCGUGCAGGGCCUGAUGAGUUUAAAAGCUGACGGCACACCCUGGCCAGCAGUUGGCACGGCCAAAGCCACUACUUACGGUGGAAUAUCCGGAAACGCGACCCGGCCAAUGGCUCUUCGAGCCAUUUCCAAAGUGGCCAAAGCUCUGCCGGGCUUUCCGAUUCUUGGCAUCGGGGGUAUAGACUCAGCCGACGUCGCGCUUCAAUUCCUGCAGGCUGGGGCUACGGUUUUGCAGGUCGGAAGUGCUAUUCAAAAUCAAGACUUUACGCUGAUCGAGGACUACACAACGGGCUUAAAAGCGCUUUUGUAUCUAAAGAGCUUGGGUCACCUGAAAGAUUGGGAUGGCAUGAGCCCACCUACGCAAAAACAUCAAAAGGGAAAACCAGUCUCCCUGCAACACGCCCUUGGAAAGAACGUGCCCUACUUUGGAGAAUACCAAAAGCUGAGGGAGAAGAAAGCGGCGGAAAUCAAAGAGCAAUCAAAUCUGCUGGACGUUGCGCUGGAGCCGAGGCGACCGGCACCACAACCUGUCAGACCGGUGCCAAAGAUCGGCGAAGUCAUCGGGAAAGCUCUGUCGAACAUCGGCGCUUACCAACAACUCGACAAUAAAAAACAAGUCGUCGCCCUCAUCGACGACGACAUGUGCAUCAAUUGUGGAAAAUGCUACAUGGCCUGCGCUGACUCGGGCUACCAGGCCAUCAGCUUCGACGCCGACACACAUAUACCCAAGGUCACGGACGACUGUACGGGAUGCACGCUUUGCUUGUCCGUCUGUCCUAUUAUUGAUUGUAUAACGAUGGUGCCAAAACAAAUUCCGCACGUAAUAAAAAGAGGAAUUCCACCAAAAGGAGUCUCUUUGGAAUGUUGAUCAUAGGAAUUUUUGAGUGAAUUUAUACUUAAUUCAAUUAUAUUUUUAAUUGAAAACGAAUGAAAAUUAUUAUCAUCAUUUUUAUUCAAUAAUGUUGUUUCAAAA